AUGGAUCGAAAAUCAAUAUCCACUUUAACUGACCAGCAGGAUUCAAUUGGUUCAGAGAUCGACAGAAUCAUUCGCAACUUCAAGAAGGACUCACCCAGCAGGAAAACACGUCAAUAUCUCGAAGAUCGUAAAACAACUUUAGAACAGUUAUUAGCUGACUUCAAGGCUAAUGAUGAGCAACUACAGCAAGCCGAUGUACUAGCAAGAACAUCGGAAUAUUUCACACAAGAUUACGGCAUGGUAAUCAUAAAUUUGGGUAACAAAUAUAUCACCACAAUAACUCAAGAGCUGGAAGCAUUACCCAUUAAGGCUCAACCAUCAACAAUAAAGGGGUUGGACCUUCAGAUAAAUAAUGAUGUUGAAGCUCCUGAAAUAGUAUUACCUACUGGUGGUCAAGAGAAUGAAAUUAUUCAGGCAUUAGUCAACAGACGAAAUGCAGUAUGUAAAUCAAUCAAUCGUCUCAUCCACAAUGUGAGACAAGAUAACCAGCAACAGGUACCACAAUAUUUUGCAGUAAAAUUAGCUACGCUUACCAAGUUAUGGGAUCAGGCUGAAGGUUUAAAUUUUACUAUUCAGGAACGGCAAGACAACCCUCCUGAUUGCAAUCAUUAUCUAGCACUGGAACAGUUGGUGCAAGAUACAAUGGUGGAAUGGACUAGUAAAUCGACCAAGAUUGAGACAUCAAUUAGGUCAACUUAUCAACCAUCAGCUACUUUGCCAACAAUAUCUCUUCCAAAAAUAUCAGACUCACAGAAACUCUGGUAUUUGAAAACCAAUAUUCAAGGCGAAGCUGAAGCACUCAUCAAGCAUUUGCAAAUAUCAGAUGCAAAUUAUGAGACGGCAUGGCAAUUACUACAAAGUAGAUAUGAGAAUAAAAGAGUUCUAGUAUCAGCAGUUUUGCAACGUUUGACAGCUCAAAACUCUUUAUAUGACCAUCCAACAGUCCAAGCCAUUAAAAAUAUGCAUGACACAACAAAGGAAAGUCUAUGUGAACCUCAUAAUUUAAAUAUUGAAACAUCAACUUGGGAUCCAAUUUUAGUUCACAUACUAUUAAAAAAGUUGGAUAAAAAUACACAUUGCAGUUUUGAACAAACUCUUACUAACCCAAGGGAGAUGCCCACAAUAAAACAAUUCUUAGAAUUUUUAGAAUUGAAAUUUCAGUCACUUGAGGCUAUAGGUCUACGAGACAAUGCAGUACAUAAACCCAACAAAAGGAUAGCCGUAACUAUGGUUUGUUCAGAUCUAUGUAAAAUUCAACGACAAAAACUAUGUGUGAAUUGUUUCAAAUCCGAUCAUAAAGCAAAGGUUUGUGAAGCUGGAUCAUGUAAAAAAUGUGCCAAGAAGCAUAACACUUUGCUUCAUUUAGAGCAACAGUCACCUAAACCUUCAAGGGCACCAGCAACAAACACAAAGUCAACCACAACAUUGAUCAACGCUAAUGAAUCGCCAUCCAUAACAGCAACAACUAAUGCAAAGUGUACUCGUAAUUACGUUCUGCUAGCCACUGCAAAGGUGCGCAUUAUUGCAAACAAUGGACGAACGUGUGAUGUUCGUGCCAUACUCGACUCAGGUUCUCAAGUGAACCUAGUAACCCAAAGAGUAAUCAACAAGUUAUCUUUAAUUACCACAAAUUCAAAUCUAUCGAUCGAAGGUAUUGGCCGUCAAUUCGGGAACUCAAAAUCUCGCGUAAAUGUUGAACUGCAGGCUACUAAUGGAAGCUUCAGGACGAGACUAGAGGCAUUUGUAUUGCCACAAAUAAUAUCAGCACAACCGUCACGAGACCUAGAUAUCUCGGAUUGGCAGAUCCCACAGAAUGUAGAAUUAGCAGACCCCAGCUUUAACAGAUCUGGAAGAAUUGACAUGCUGAUUGGUGCUGAAUUCUAUCAUACUCUACUUCAACCAGAACAAUUGAUAAUAGGAAAGAAUUCGCCACUGUUACAAAAUUCGGUUCUAGGUUGGUUGGUGGUUGGUAAGACUAAAACUACAACAGAUAUUAAACCAACAUGCGCUAUUACUACAGGAGAAGUUGGUGAAAUGUCAGAAAUGAUAGAACGAUUUUGGAAGUUAGAUAACAUUGAGACUGCAGAAAGGGUUUUGACUUUAUCUGAGAAAUGGUGUGAAAAUCACUUUACAAAUCAUGUAAAGACAAAUCACGAUGGUCGUUUCAUUGUACGCUUACCUUUCCGCGAUGAUCCCACAACACUUGGUAGAUCGCGUGAGAUAGCAUUCAAUCGAUUUUGUUCUCUGGAAAGGAAGUUACAAAGGGACCCAAAUUUAUACAAGGAGUACAUAAAGUUCAUGGAUGACUACGAGUCAUUAGGUCACAUGGAAAAAGUUUGCCCGGAAGAUGUCAAAGGAGCACAAUAUUUCAUUCCUCAUCAUUGUGUCUUGAAACCUGACAGCACUACAACCAAAUUGAGAGUUGUCUUUGAUGCAUCAGCAAAAACAUCAAGCGGUUUAGCACUAAACGAUAUUUUGCACAAAGGUCCAACAGUGCAAAGUGAUCUUUUUUCAAUACUGUUGCGUUUUAGAAUACACCGGUUUGUAUUUACGGCUGAUAUUGAGAAAAUGUACCGGCAAAUUCAAGUACAUAAUGAAGAUACAGCACAGCAGCUGAUAAUCUGGAGAAAAAGUGCUGAUGAUGGUAUACAAUAUUACCGACUGAAAACGGUUACAUAUGGAACGAAGUCAGCCCCUUAUCUUGCAACGAAAUGUCUUCAACACCUUGCGAAACAUAAUAUGACCAACUAUCCGCUUGGAGCACCUGCAUUACUUAAUGAUUUUUAUGAAGAUGACUGUUUAAGCGGAACUAACAGCAUCAUUACCGCCUUAGACACUCAACAACAACUUACGGAACUGCUCAGUAAAUCAGGAUUUAAACUGAGAAAAUGGUGCUCAAAUAAUACACGACUCCUACAAAACAUUCCGAUAGAAGACCAAGAAAUCAACCUUGAUUUAGAUAACUCAGCCAUAAAGCCAACAAAAACAUUAGGCAUUAUUUGGCUCCCGAAAUCAGACGAAUUUUGCGGUAAGGCAGAGAUGUCAUCAGAGCAACCUAUCACGAAGCGGAUUGUGGCAUCGGACUUAGCUCGAAUUUUUGAUCCUUUGGGAAUUUUUGGCCCCAUUACUGUAACAGCUAAAAUAUUCAUGCAGGAAUUGUGGCAACAAAACUAUUCCUGGGAUGCGGAACUGUUACCUCAGGCUCAGCUAGAAUGGAAGCGUUUUAGGAAUGACUUACAAACAUUGAAUACUGUGAAAGUACCCAGACAUAUUUUUAAUUCGACGGUUCCUUGUUCGAUUCAAUUACACGUGUUUACGGAUGCAUCAGAGAAGGCAUAUGGAGCAGCUAUGUACAUGCGAGCAAUAUAUAAUGAUAAGACAAUAACAUCGAGACUAUUGUGCGCCAAAUCUAGAAUAGCACCAUUAAAGAAACAGACAGUUCCACGACUAGAACUCUGCGCAGCAUUGCUGGGAGUCGAAUUAGCAGAAAGAGUUAAUCAAGAUUUAAAGUAUCAAAACGUGCCAACCUACUUUUGGUCCGAUUCCGAAAUUGUUUUGUCAUGGAUAAUAUCUUCAUCUGCCUCAUUGCACACAUUCGUAGCAAAUCGUAUUAGCAAAAUUCAAGAGAUGUCACAUGCUGAUCAAUGGCAUCAUGUGGCGUCAAAGGAUAAUCCUGCUGACAUCAUUUCCAGAGGAAUAAAAGUUAAAAUCAACGAAUUUUGGCAACAGCCAAACCCAAAGGCAUUUAACAUCUCAACUGAUAUCGAAAGACGACAAGGACAUACAGUUAACAUUAUCAUUCAAACGACUGGUUCUGAUCACAUGAUAAAUCAAAUUGAUCAUCGAUUCAGAUACCUCCAAAGAACAAUUGCUUAUGUUCGCCGUGUAUUUCAUCGCACACAAUCACCAACAAGAACACUUUCUCCAAAGGAAUUACGAGAUGCAUUAGUCUUCAUAAUUAAAACUAUUCAGGGCUCAGAAUUUGCAAAGGAAAUCUCUGAUUUAAAACAAUGUAAAGCAGUCAACAGUUCGAGUCAACUAAAUACUUUAGCACCGUUCAUUGACGAACAAGGUGUACUUCGUGUUGGAGGAAGGCUUGAAGCAUCAACAUUGCCAUAUGAUGCUAAACACCCAAUGGUAAUUCCUUACAAUCACUCAAUAGUGAAAUUGAUGUUCAAAAUGAAACAUGAAGAAAAUUUCCAUUGUGCUCCACAAUUAUUGCUAAGCAUAAUGAGACAAAACUUCUGGCCGAUUAAAGGAAAGAUUAUGGCGCGAAACAUUGUUCACAGCUGUGUCAUCUGUUCAAAGGCAAAACCAAAACUGAUCGACCAACUCAUGGGCAACUUACCGACUGACCGAGUUACUCUGACUAAACCAUUUUUUACCACAGGAGUUGAUUACUGUGGUCCGAUAUGGAUUCAUUAUAAAAUUAGAGGAAAAAGGCCAACAAAGGCAUAUUUAGCAGUAUUUUGCUGUUUCGCGACUAAGGCUGUUCACCUAGAAGUGGUGAGUGACCUGACAACAGAGGCAUUCAUAGCCGCUAUUCAACGUUUUAUCAGCAGAAGAGGAAGAUGCCAAACAAUUUAUAGUGACAAUGCGACUAACUUUGUUGGGGCGAGAAACCAACUACAAGAGCUCCAGUCUACCAUUUAUUCAGAAAAUGGUAAAGAAAAGAUCAUUAAGACCAGUAGUAACAAGGGAAUUGACUUCAAAUUCAUUCCACCAAGAGCUCCUCAUUUUGGAGGACUCUGGGAAGCUGCCGUCAAGUCAGCUAAACAUUUAAUGAUUAAAGGAAUUUUCAACGCUUCAUUGACUUAUGAAGAAUUGACAACAGUCAUAACUGAAAUAGAAGCCAUGUUAAAUUCAAGGCCGAUAACAAAAAUGUCAUCCGAUCCAAAUGAUCUAACAGCGCUUACACCAGAACACUUUCUCAUAGGCGAACCACCUACCACUAAUGUGGAUCCCUAUCAAAAGGAGAGCCGAAUGAGUUUAUCAUCACGAUGGCGUCUAGUUUCUGAACUCAAACAAGAAUUCUGGAGAAGAUGGUCAAAGGAAUAUCUCAAUGAACUCCAAUCAAGGGUGCAACAGGUGUAUGAAGGAGAAGAUGGAUUGGUCCGUGUAGCUGACAUAAAAGCAGCCAAUGGGAUUUUUAGACGACCAUUACGAUCAUUGGCCCCCCUACCCACUGAAGGCAGCAUUAAUCAAAAUCCAACAAAACAAAAUUCUACUGUCACACAAACAAGACGAACGAAUGAACCUAGUGAAGCGUUGCCAAAGCGUCGAAAGAUAUAUGAUGGCACAUCUUUAAUGAUGACCAUACUUGUGACAAUUUUGAUGAUGCCAUUAAUACUUUCGAAACCCAUUGAAGAAAUAUCAUUUCCAAACAAACCCGGAAUAUAUUUUGAAGGAAUUGGCACCGUAAAUCAAAUCAUUGGAAGAUGGAAAAUUAUCACUUACUUUGAGUUCGCGCCUAUUCGAAAGGAGAUCGAAAGGUUUCAAAAUGGCACAGCAGCACUUCAGCAAUUGUGCCCGUUGUUACAGCAACAAGAAAGCUGUUAUGAGCUCGUCCGCCAAUUCAAUAAUACUAACAUAGAAUUACGAACUGAAACGAAGGUUAUGACGAGACACCGAUCAUCCAGAGGAGCCAUCAAUAUAGUUGGAAAUACUGCUAACAAAUUAUUUGGUGUUUUAGAUUCAGAAUAUGCUGAAACGAUUUCUAAAACUCUAACUCAAAUCAACAAUAAUGAAGAUGUACUAUCAAAAAUGAUCAAAAAUCAGACUACAGUCAUGGACUCAACGCUAAAUAUAUUCAGCAAAACUACAGAAGCCAUUGCAGUUAAAAUGAAUCAACUACAAGAUGAGACAAACAAAAUAGUAGAUUACACUAAUCAUAAUACUAAACGUAUUAACCACCUAGAGAUCUAUACAUCACUGGUAACCCAACUUACAUGGAUGGCACACACAUUAAUAAAAAUUGAAGCUGCGAUAUUUGAUGUCUUAACUGAUACUCAACAUGGCAGAAUUAAUUCUCUUUUGAUGUCUCCACAACAACUUCAAGACCAAAUCAUGAAGAUCAAGGGCCAUUUACCUCAUUCACUUCGUCUUCCAUUUAAUCAAGAGGACGUUAUUCAUUUAUACACGUUGAUGUCUUCACAAAGUGGAAUCACACAAGAUCAUUUGAUAGUUGUCUAA